AUGGAAGCUGAUCAACUAGCAGCAGCAGUUCCCCAUGUGGCACUUGCUGCUUCGGCUGAGCUCGCCGCAGGGGACGCGACUGGCGGAGAUACGCGCACCGAUGGCGGAGCUUUGUGCGCGGAUAACGGCGCGCGCGGGAAUGAAGAUGAGGGGAGAGGUGGAGUGAGUGGGGAAGGCAGAAUAGAGAAGAAAAGCGGAGAGGUAGGGAGCGACAAAGGGGAUGGAAAAGGAGAAAAGCGGGAUGGCGGAGAAAGGACGGAGGGCGGAGAAGGAGGGGAAGAGAGAGAGGGAUUAAGCAGCGGCAAGGUAUCGAAUGACGCUACUAACGGGGACACGAGCGCGCAGGAGGCCAAACCAGUAACUAAAAACGCUACUAACGGGGACGCGAGUGCGCAGGACGACAAGCCGCUGUCGAAGAACGCGCAGAAGAAACUGGCGAAGCGGCAGGCGAUGCAGGAGCGGAAAGAGCGCGAGCGCGCGGAGGCGCAGCAGAAGCGUGCGGAGCAGCAGAAGCGCGCGGAGCAGGAGGCGGCGGCCAAGGAGGCGAGCAUGACGGCGGAGGAGCGCGCGGAGGCCGCCGCUCGGCAGCGGGAGAAGGCGGAGGCGCGGCGGGUGGCGGAGGCGGAGAGGCGGAAGGCGUGGGCGGAAAAGGCGGAGAAGGGUCCGGGGCUGAUAAUCGACUUGGAGUUUGAAGAGCUGAUGGGGGAGAGGGAGCUGUCGAGCCUGCAGCAGCAGGUCAUGUUCUCCUACGCACUGAACCACCGCGCCCCCUCCCCCUGCCGCCUCACCCUCUCCGGCCUCCCCCCAGCCAGCCCCUUCCUGCACCGCCUGCAGCGAAUCGCCGGCUUCGACAGCUGGCACGGCGUGACUGUGGAGCCGCGUUCCUAUAUCGAAGCCUGGGCGGGCAGGGAGGUGGAGCUGGUGUAUUUGACUGCAGAUGCGGAGGAGGAGGUGGGGGAGGUGGAAGCGGGGAAGGUGUAUGUGGUGGGGGGGAUAGUGGAUCACAAUCGGUACAAGGGGCUGACUAAGGGGAAGGCGGAGAAGCAGGGGAUUAAGACGGCAAGGCUGCCAAUCGGGAAAUACCUCAACCUGAAAACUUCCAAGGUACUGGCAGUGAACCAUGUGGUGGACAUUAUUCUGCAGUACCUGCAGCACAGGGAUUGGGAGAAAGCAGUGGCGGCUGUUGUGCCUGAUAGGAAGAAGACGGACAGACCUGAGGGUGACAAUAAUGAGAGUGAUACUAGUGAAAGAGAAGCUAAGAGGGCUAAAUUGUGGUCGUCUCUCUAUCUGCACCACGCCUCUCCGCGCUGGUACCAGUUCGUCACCUCAACAUUCUGCCACGCUGGCUGGAGCCAUCUCUCAAGCAACCUCUUCUUCCUCUACAUAUUCGGCGCAGGUUCCAACCUCGUGUCCUGGCUGCUCCUCCCAUCGUACACCGUCUCUGUCGGUGCCUCUGGUGCCGUCUUUGGCCUCUUUGUCGUCAGCGUGCUUACCCGGCUGCAGUGGAACUGGAGGAGGAUCGUGGAGGUGGUCAUUCUGGGGCAGUUCGUGGUAGAGAAGGUCCUGUCAGAGGCGCGGAACUCGGCAAUCAUGGGGGUGGGCAUGGCGGCAGGGUCGGGAGUGAACCACAUCGCCCACCUGGCAGGGGCGCUGGUGGGAGUGCUGCUCAUCUGGAUGGUGUCCCGCCUGCCUGAUGCCAGCAGCAGGGAUAGCGGGGAGGGGAGUGGCAAGAACCCUCGUGGUCACGCCUGCCCGAUGGGAGCAGCAGGGAUGGUGGGGAAGGGAGUGGCAGGGACAGCAGCAACAGCACAGAUGGCGGGAAGGCAGCAGCAGAGUGCAACUCACGGAGCAUGCUGCUCGCCUGCUGACCCCCAAUCACUCUUUGCAUGCUCCUCUGCUGUUCCUUUGCUCUAG